AUCGAUUACUUCCAUCAAAGGUCUCUCUUUCGCUCGACCUCCACAUCAUACCUUCAUAAAAUACAAUCUUCGCCAACCUGCAAAGCUCAGAUACAAAUACAAAACACUAUAUCUACCACCAUGAGUACUUACGCCACCAAAACACACAGCAGCGCCGCCAUGGCUGCCAAGCCUCUUCACAGCACGAACUUGUCCAACACUUCCUCUCCUCUUCCUUCCUUGAUUGACUUUGGUUCUACCGCAUGCAGCAGCGACUUUCUUUCCGAGAAGUUGGCUCGGUAUCAACAGCAACAGCCAGAGAGCAACAACGGCCCCACUUCCAUGGAUGUGGACUGCUCUCCUUCUCCCAUGACUUCCUCUCGUCUGUACCAACAUUGUCACCAUCAUUCUUCCAACAGCAACGUCAACACUCCUCCUCUUCUUCCCAACUGCUGGAACUGGAACAUUGUUCGCUCUCUCGAAGCCGAUGCCGGCCGCGAACACGUCAUGAUGAUGAACAAGAUCGCCUGCGCUUGUCUGGUCCAACAAAAGAAGGAAGAAGCCAAGCGAUCCUUUGCUCUUUCCCUCUUGGAACUUCAAAAGUACGCUCCACUCGUCAGUGAACAGCGCAGCGGCAAUGCCGUUGCGUUGCUUCAGAACUCGGUGGCUUCCAAGCAACAGAAGGUUCAAGCCGAGCCCAACCGCUCCUUGUACAUUUACCAACGCGAAAGCUACGAUGAAGGCAUGUACAUGUACUCCACUCCUCUCGCCGUCACCGCAACGCAAUCCCGCAUCCGCAUGGAAGCCACUCUGCUUUACAACUUGGGACAAGCACACCUGCAGAACCUCGAACACGAAGAAGCCAAGGAAUUGUUCCAACUGGCCCUUCAAGUCUUGGAAAAUGAAUACAUGGCUGCAGAUGUGGUCGACACGGACAUUGUCAGUCCCUUUCUCAUUCGACACAACUUGGGCAACUGCUGCUACCGCUUGGGAGAGAAUGAUGCCGCCAUUGGACACUACCAAGCUGCUCUGCAAAUGUCCGUCCAAGCUGCCUCCAAUGUGGGUACUUCCACCACCCUCAUGGCCACUGCCAACAGUCGUCAACGCUUGUUGGACUUGGCCGCUUCCUACAACUGUGUCGCUGUCUUGCGCUUUCAUCAGUCUCAUCCUUCGGAACCAUCCGACACGGCAUUGGACUACCUCCAAGUUGCAUUGGCCAGUUACACAUCCGUCUUGGGCAGCACCAGCAACAACAACAGCAGCAGCAACGCCAACAAUGCGGACAGCUGCUGCACCAAGGAAGUCGCCACGGUCUUGAGCAACAUUGGACGCGUCUACUUUUUGCGCGCCGACUACGAAAAGGCACUCGAGUUGUUCCAACGAUCUUUGGCCAUUCGCCAAUGGGUCCUCGAGGCACACUCGGUCGAUAUCGCCACGGCCAUGUUCAAUGUCGGACAGACCCACCAUCGUUGCGGCAAUCUCGAAGCGGCCAUGACUUACUACCGCGGAUUCCUCGAAACGGCGCAAGUGCAGUUGGGCACGGAACACCGCGACUUUGCCGCCGGUUUGGUCUUGCUUUCCGAUGUUCACCGCGAACGCAAGGAAUUCUCCACCGCUCAGAUCCUGCUCAAGCAAGCCAUCCAGUGCGGACGUGCCGCAUUGGGACAGUCUCAUCCAGACUUGGCAUUGAUCUUUAACAACUUGGGAAGCCUCAGCUACGAACUCCGCCAAUACGAUGAAGCACUCGAGUACUACGUGGAAUGCGUCACCAUCCAGAGCGAGUUCCUCGAGCCCCAUCACCCACACAUUGUCAUUUCCUUGUUGAAUGUCGCUCAGAUUCACAAACAAAAGGGUGACUACGCCACCGCCUUCAAGGUCUACCGCGAAGUCUACAACAUCCACUUGGAUACAUUUGGACCCGACAGCAUGGAAGUUGCUACUACCUUGAGCAGCAUGGCCUUGAUGAAGUACUUGAUCAAGGACUACCGCGUCUCCUUGAACUUUUACGAAGAAGCACUUCGUGUGCACCGUGCCAACCAAUCCAGCAACAGCACCCAUGACAUGGACAUUGCCGCCACACUCAACUCGAUUGGACUGGUUCGCUUCAAGAUGGAUGACUUUGAUCAUGCCAAGGAUGCCUUUUUGGAGUGUCUUGACAUUCGCAAGCGCAUCUUGGGAGCCGAUCACCGUGACAUUGCCGUCAUGUGGUACAACUUGGCCACCAUCUACUUGGAAAAGGGAGAAGAUCAGACUGCCAUGAAGCUCUACAGCGAGUCCCUUCGUGUGGAACGACGUGCCUUGGGAGAGAAGCACCCCGAAAUCUCCUUGACCCUCCAACACUUGGGUCAGAUGCACCAAGAACGUGGGGAAUUGGAAAAGGCUGUCGAGUACUUUCAAGAAGCCUUGGAAAUUGAACGCAUGGUCAUGGCCCAGCAUGGUGCCGAUGCCCAAAAAGAACGCGAUGCCACCAUGGCAUCCAUCUGCAAGCUCCUCAACUUGAUUGGCAACAUCCACCUCAUGUUGGGAUGUGUCGAUCAAAUGAUGGCUUGCUUCGAAGAAGCCUGCCAGUGCGGGCAACACAAUGGGGAAGGAUUGAUUAUUGCAGGACACAACUUUUACGGUUUGAGCCGACUGCAUCCUCCCUGUGCUCCAUUGGCAUAAAAUGCAUUAUAUUAAUAAGCAAACAAUAUAUAUUACAAAGACUUUACUGCCU